UAAAAAUGGAUAACAUAUUAACUUUAUUAAUCGAAUUUUUAUUACGGAUGUUGUGGAUAAGUUGGGCUGUGACCCCGAGCAUGGCAUGGGAGAGUGGGCUUAAAGAAAAAUAUGACGGCUAUGGAGAAGAUUGGAUUUUCAUGCCUGACGGCAAAGAACAACCUCAAGUUGCCGUUCUCAAAAUUGUUCAGUCUGACAAUCGUGGUGUUCUUGACGAGCCGAUUGGUUUUAUUUUAUACACACGAGCUGAUCCAGAAAAAGGAGUACAUUUGAAUAUAAAUGAUUUAGAAUCUUUAACUAACUCCGAUUUUUCGCCAGAUCGGCCUACAAAGUUUAUUACUCACGGGUGGAAGUCUAGCGCUUUCAGUGCAAGUAUAAUUAACAUGAAAAAAGAAUAUCUAAUUAAUGGGGACUACAAUGUCAUUCUUGUUAAUUGGGAACCCAUGGCUGCAAGUACAUUUUAUCUUGGGCCAAUGCGAAACACAGGUAAGGUCGGCGCAAAAGCAGCACAAUUCAUUGAUUUCCUUGUUCGUGAAACUGGAAUAUCGACUGAUAGAAUACAUUUUAUCGGUCACUCAUUGGGAGCACACGUGGCUGGCAAUACAGGCGAGCAAGUAACCUCUGGUAAAAUGGGGAGAAUUACUGGACUAGAUCCAGCACUUCCUGGUUUCCAUGUAUUAACUAUGGACAAAGGUCGACUUGAUCCCUCUGACGCUCUAUAUGUAGAUGUUAUACAUUCCUGUGGCGGAGUUUUGGGCUACUUGCAACCGCUGGGUCACACAGAUUUUUAUCCCAAUGCAGGUAUUGCAGUGCAACCUGGUUGCUGCUGCGUGCCAGAAUUAAUUGAGGCGUGCAGUCACGGAAGAGCUUACCAUUAUUUUACCGAAAGUAUUAAUUCGCGAAUAGGAUUGAUAGCAAAACCAUGCGAGACUUGGGACAAAUAUUUGCAAGGCGAGUGUGAUAAUAACGUUCCUGUGCUGUUAGGUGAGCAUGUUGAUAAGUCAGCAAGAGGAUCGCAUUUCUUGCGAACGAGAUCUGAGCCUCCAUUUGCUUACACCGAAGACUUUGCCGAGAAUGAAGUUUGAAGUGAGAGAUAGAAUAAAAGAAGCCAUUGUUUCUUUGUACUAUAUAAAUUUAAUAUUCU